UUAAUCCAACACAGGUGUGCAACAAGGAAAGAUUAAAAGAAGUAAAAGGAACUCGGCAAACAAGAAUCCCGCCUGUUUACCAAAAACAUCACCUCCAGCAUAAAAAGUAUUGGAGGCACUGCCUGCCCAGUGACAAACGUUUAAUGGCCGCGGUAUCCUGACCAUGCAAAGGUAGCAUAAUCACUUGUUCCUUAAUUGGGGACUGGAAUGAAUGGCCCCACGAGGAUUCAACUGUCUCUUACUUCUAAUCAGUGAAAUUGACCUCCCCGUGAAGAGGCGGGGAUACCACAAUAAGACGAGAAGACCCUAUGGAGCUUUAAUUAACUGGCUUAAUUACCCAACUAACUACUCCAAUGGACUAAAUAAAAGGGAAAUAAGCCAGUAA